GCGCUGGGAGCUGUGGGGUCCGGGACUGGAGCAGCCUGAGCGAGUUUGUGUCUUGGAGGCUGAGCGCUGGCUCUGCUGGUGCUUUUUUAGCUGGACGGCGGAGAUUCGCAGCCAGACCCCAGAGCCGCCUGUUGCUGCUGACUGGAGUUUGGGGAGGAAAACUCUCAGUAACCCGAAGGAUUUCCUCUUCGGAGAAGCAACAACGAAAGACUAGCAGGAAGAAAAGGGCACUUUCUGCCUAUCUGGAUCGCAGUGCAGGAGGGCAGUGCCAUGCUCCUCUCCAUCCUCGUGGCGUUGUGCCUGUGGCUGCGCCUGGCGCUCGGCGUGCGCGGCGCGCCCUGCGAGGCGGUGCGCAUCCCCAUGUGCAGGCACAUGCCCUGGAACAUCACGCGGAUGCCCAACCACCUGCACCACAGCACGCAGGAGAAUGCCAUCCUGGCCAUCGAGCAAUACGAGGAGCUGGUGGAUGUGAACUGCAGCGCCGUGCUGCGCUUCUUCCUCUGUGCCAUGUAUGCGCCCAUCUGCACCCUGGAGUUCCUGCAUGACCCUAUCAAGCCGUGCAAGUCCGUGUGCCAGCGCGCGCGCGACGACUGUGAACCCCUCAUGAAGAUGUAUAACCACAGCUGGCCCGAGAGCCUGGCUUGCGACGAGUUACCAGUCUAUGACCGUGGGGUGUGCAUCUCGCCAGAGGCCAUAGUCACCGACCUCCCAGAUGACGUGAAGUGGAUAGACAUCACACCAGACAUGAUGGUGCAGGAACGGCCCCUUGAUGUGGACUGUAAACGCCUAAGCCCUGAUCGGUGCAAGUGCAAAAAGGUGAAGCCAACUUUGGCAACAUAUCUGAGCAAAAACUACAGCUAUGUUAUUCAUGCCAAAAUAAAAGCYGUGCAGAGGAGUGGCUGCAACGAAGUAACAACAGUGGUGGACGUAAAAGAGAUCUUCAAGUCCUUGUCACCCAUCCCUCGAACACAAGUCCCGCUCAUUACAAAUUCCUCCUGCCAGUGUCCACACAUCCUGCCCCACCAAGAUGUUCUUAUCAUGUGUUACGAGUGGCGCUCAAGGAUGAUGCUUCUUGAAAAUUGCUUAGUUGAAAAAUGGAGAGAUCAACUUAGUAAAAGAUCCAUACAGUGGGAAGAGAGGCUGCAGGAACAGCAGAGAACACUUCAGGAUAAGAAGCGAACUGCCGGACGCACCAGUCGUAGUAAUCCACCAAAACCAAAGGGAAAACCACCUGCUCCCAAACCAGCCAGCCCUAAGAAGAAUAUUAAAGCUAGAAGUGCCCAGAAGAAAACAAACCCCAAAAGAGUGUGAGCUGACUGCUGUCCUAAAUGGAGACUUCCUUACUGACGAGGCCAGGCCUUGCCUGGGACAGCCUGUGUAAGGCCACGUGCCCCUUGCCUUAACGACUCACUGCAGUGCUCUACAUAGACACAUCUUGCAGCAUUUUUUUCUUCAUGAUAGGCUUCAAUUUCUAUUUCUAAGGCACCACAAGCCAUACUGAUAGGUUUGCCCUUUGGUAUGGAAGGUGUAAUAAAUAAAGUUGGUUGAAAGCGUUUUGCAUUCAGAGUAGUCUGUGUGCAUAUUCUAUGUGAUUUCCAUGUGGAGGAAAUAUGCUUUUGUUCUUAGAAUCUGACCUAAUAUGAGUGUUGUAAAACUAAUGCCGUAUUUCAAGCGAAGUGCUGAUUUUUUGGACAAAAUAUUUGGUUUCUGCUAAAAUGUUAACAAUAUUUGAAAAUGUGAUGGAAAACAUAAUGCUUCUGAGGAAAGCAAGAGAAAUGGAUGUUUAAAAAAUCUUUAUGUGUUUAAUGUCUGCACAAAGAUUUUUGUGAUGAAGGCGGAUUUUUGAAAUAUCUAGAGAAGGAAGACAUGGAAAAUGGUAAUGUGUAUUUGUAAGACUUCCAGCUCUGUUUUUUAGGUAAAAGCUCUUUAAAAAAUCUAAAGUAAUAACAAACAAAUAAAUAAA